UUAAACCUGCACCUUAGAGCUGGAAGAAACUAACAGUGAUGGCCUUCAAACAUCUGAUCUGUGUGGCGGCUGUACUGGCUCUGCUGAUGAAAGAGAGUGACUCACAGCUCUCAGUAUGUGGUAAACCAUCACUUAACACCAGGAUAGUUGGAGGAGAGGCAGCUCCUCCAGGCAGCUGGCCCUGGCAGGUCAGUCUGCACACAUCUACUCACUUCUGUGGAGGAUCUCUGAUCAACGACCAGUGGGUGCUGACUGCUGCUCAUUGCGUCUCAGGGUCACCAACUGGUAUAACAGCAUAUCUGGGUCGGCAGAGUCAGGAGGGAUCCAACCCACAUGAAGUCAGCCGAACAGUGUCACAGAUCACUAUUCACCCUGAGUACAAUUAUGGAACUUCAUGGAACAAUGACAUUGCACUACUAAGACUCUCUGAACCAGUAAUUUUCACCAGUUACAUCUCACCAGUCUGCCUAGCUGCCCUGAACAGCACCUUCUACAGCAGGGUUGAAUCCUGGAUCACAGGCUGGGGAAGAAUCGGAAGUGGAGUUCCUCUACCAUCUCCUAAAAACCUGAUGGAGGUGACGGUGCCGGUUGUUGGGAACAGACAGUGCAAGUGUAACUAUGGGGAGAGGAUGAUCACUGAAAACAUGAUAUGUGCUGGGUUACAAGAGGGAGGCAAGGAUUCCUGUCAGGGGGAUUCAGGAGGUCCGAUGGUGAGCAAACAGGGUGACCGCUGGAUUCAAGCAGGAAUUGUAAGUUUUGGAGAAGGAUGCGCUAAGCCAGAUUUCCCAGGAGUCUACACCAGAGUAUCCCAGUAUGAGAGCUGGAUCAACAGUAUCAUAUUCACCAAUCAGCCAGGGUUCCUUACCUUUAUAUCUGAAGGGACUGACAGUGACCUAAGUGUUUCCUGUACAACACCUGAACCUAAUGAAAAUGUGACAUACCUGUCUGAGUGCGGUCUGGCUCCACUCAACAACAGGAUAGUUGGAGGAGAAGCAGCUCCUCCAGGCAGCUGGCCCUGGCAGGUCAGUCUGCACACAUUCACACACAUCUGUGGAGGAUCUCUGAUCAACGACCAGUGGGUGCUGACUGCUGCUCAUUGCGUCUCAUGGUUUAGCAGCACUGCUGGUCUAACAGUGUAUCUGGGUCGUCAGAAUCAGAGUGAAUCUAACCCAAAUGAAGUCUCUCGGACAGUAACAAGGAUCAUUAUUCAUCCUGGAUACAACAUACCACAUUUUAACAAUGACAUUGCGCUUCUGAAGAUGUCUGAACCAGUGGUUUUCAGCAAUUACAUCUCACCCGUCUGCCUGGCAGCCUUCAACAGCACCUUUAACAUUGGGGAAGACACCUGGGUUACUGGCUGGGGCAACAUUGGAUAUAAUGAUCCCCUUCCAUCACCUGGAAACCUUUUGGAAGUGGAGGCUCAGAUUGUGGGAAAUGGUCAAUGCAGCUGUGACUAUAGUGACCUAGGUUAUAUAAGUAUUACAGACAACAUGAUAUGUGCUGGGUUUCAAGAAGGAGGGAAAGGACCCUGUUUUGGAGAUUCUGGAGGUCCACUGGUUAGUAAGCAGGGUGAUCGCUGGAUUCAGGCUGGAGUUGUGAGUUUCGGUGUUGGUUGUGCUAAGCCAUUUUUCCCAGCAGUCUAUGCAAGAGUGUCCCAGUACAAUGAGUGGAUAAACAGCCACGUCACCAGAAACCAGCCGGGCUUUAUCACCUUUACAUCCAACGGGAGUGAAAGUGAUUUAAAUGUUUCCUGUACAAAACCAACCUUUGACCCAGUGAUAGUAAACAUAUCUGAAGUGUGUGGUCAACCAUCACUCAACACCAGGAUUGUUGGAGGACAGGCAGCUCCUCCAGGCAGCUGGCCUUGGCAGGUCAGUCUGCACAUCUACGACCACUUCUGUGGAGGAUCUCUGAUUAGCGACCAGUGGGUGCUGACUGCGGCUCAUUGUGUCCAAGGGUGGGAUACGGUGCCGUCUCUUGUAACAGUUUACCUUGGUCGCCAGCGUCAGGAGGAAUCCAACCCAAACGAAGUCGUUCGGAAAGCAACACAGAUCACUAUUCAUCCUGGCUUCAAUUAUUCUACUCUAGACAAUGACAUUGCUCUUAUAAGGCUUUCUGGACCAGUGAAUUUCACCAGCUACAUCUCACCAGUCUGUCUAGCUGCCUCAGACAGCACCUUCUACAGCGGGGUUGAGUCCUGGGUAACCGGCUGGGGAAACAUUGGAAUUUUUGAUCCCCUUCCAUCACCUGGAAACCUUUUGGAAGUGGAGGCUCAGAUUGUGGGAAAUGGUCAAUGCAGGUGUGACUAUAGUGACCUAGGUGAUAUAAGUAUUACAGACAACAUGAUAUGUGCUGGGUUUCAAGAAGGAGGGAAGGGACCCUGUUUUGGAGAUUCUGGAGGUCCACUGAUUAGUAAGCAGGGUGAUCGCUGGAUUCAGGCUGGAGUUGUGAGUUUCGGUGUUGGUUGUGCUAAGCCAUUUUUCCCAGCAGUCUAUGCAAGAGUGUCCCAGUACAAUGAGUGGAUAAACAGCCACAUCACCAGAAACCAGCCGGGCUUUAUCACCUUUACAUCCAACGGGAGUGAAAGUGAUUUCAAUGUUUCCUGUACAAAACCAACCUUUGACCCAGUGAUAGUAAACAUAUCUGAAGUGUGUGGUCAACCAUCACUCAACACCAGGAUUGUUGGAGGACAGGCAGCUCCUCCAGGCAGCUGGCCUUGGCAGGUCAGUCUGCACAUCUACGACCACUUCUGUGGAGGAUCUCUGAUUAGCGACCAGUGGGUGCUGACUGCUGCUCAUUGUGUCCAAGGGUGGGAUAAGGUGCCGUCUCUUGUAACAGUUUACCUUGGUCGCCAGCGUCAGGAGGAAUCCAACCCAAACGAAGUCGUUCGGAAAGCAACACAGAUCACUAUUCAUCCUGGCUUCAAAUAUUCUACUGCAGACAAUGACAUUGCUCUUAUAAGGCUUUCUGGACCAGUGAAUUUCACCAAUUACAUCUCACCAGUCUGUCUAGCUGCCUCAGACAGCACCUUCUACAGCGGGGUUGAGUCCUGGGUAACCGGCUGGGGAAACAUUGGAAUUUUUGAUCCCCUUCCAUCACCUGGAAACCUCUCGGAAGUGGAGGCUCAGAUUGUGGGAAAUGGUCAAUGCAGGUGUGACUAUAGUGACCUGGGUUAUAUAAGUAUUACAGACAACAUGAUAUGUGCUGGGUUUCAAGAAGGAGGGAAGGGACCCUGUUUUGGAGAUUCUGGAGGUCCACUGGUUAGUAAGCAGGGUGAUCGCUGGAUUCAGGCUGGAGUUGUUUCAUUGAGUCUCAGUGUUGGUUGUGCUGAGCCCAAAUUCCCAGCAGUCUAUGCCAGAGUAUCCCAGUAUGAGAGCUGGAUUAACAGUUUGAUCAGCAUCAACCAGCCAGGCUUCAUUACUUUCACAUCUGAAGGGACUGACACUGACCUCAGCAUUUCCUGCACAACCCCAACAACAACACCAACUAAACCUAAACCUGUAGUCUGUGGACAAGCCCCACUGGGUUCUCGUUUUUUGGGAGGUGUUUCAGUGACGUCAGCUGGCGAGUGGCCAUGGAUGGCGAGCUUGCAGAGAAAUGGCCAGCAUGUCUGUGGAGGGACGCUAGUGUCUGAGAACUCUGUGCUGACCAAUGCUGACUGCUUCUCAGACUCGAAUGAGGCGUCUGAGUGGACAGUCAUGUUGGGUUGUCUGAAGCAGAACGGAUCUAACAAAUUUGAGGUGUCACUGAAUGUGAUAAAUAUCAGUAUGAGCAACCUGACAGGAAGCAACAUCGCAGUGCUAAAGCUGUCAUCCCCGCCCCCCCUGAACGACUACAUCCAGCCAAUCUGCUUGGACAAUGGAAGAACUUUCCCAGUAGGGUCAGCUUGUUGGGCUGCUGGCUGGAGCUCUGAAAGAGGAGGAGACGAACAAGCUCUGCAGCAGUUCGAGACAACAGUACUUGAUUGUGGGGAUUCAUCUUCAUCUGACAGCAUCUGCACACAAUCAUUCACCCUGGAGAAGACUGACUCUGGUGGUCCGCUCAUGUGUAAGCAGGAUGGCUCUUGGUUCCAGGUAGUUGUGCUAACAUCUCCAAGCACCUCCAACAGAAGUAAACGAGCCGAGCCUAUGAUGGUCUUUGAAAAACUGGACCGCUUUAAGUCCUUUCUGGCUCGUACACUGGGACAAUUCUUGUCUCCUGCUGUGACUGCCAAUAACAGCAGCACCAAUAGCACAAACUCCACCACAACCCCCUCCAGCAUGACAACCAGUGGGGUUUCAGUUUCCUACUCUCCAUUUUCCCUUUUAGGCCAUCUUCUUCUCUUUGCUUUAUGCCUCCAAACCUUCAAAUAGACUGAUUGUCAGGAUAUCAAACACACAUAAAAAUAUGGUGAAGGUGUUUUUAUUUUAGUCAAUAAUACUCUGAUAUGAUUUAAAAGUUGUUUCUGCCUUUGGUUGAUCAAAAGGAUCAUAGUUAACACCAUGUUACCAUUUACCUGAAAACAACAUAAAUUCUGAACACGAUAUCAACCUUACAGUAAAAAAAACUUGGAAAUGCAAGGAUUAAUGAACAGAUAACAGAUGAUAAAGAAAAAGGGGCUGAUAUAUAAAUUGUAAUUAUAUCUAUAAUAAGUAUCAAAGUUAGAUUUUUCUCUUUCUGAUUAUUGUUACUGAUUAGAGACAUUGUUAAUUUUUUCAUCUUUUGAACAAAUGAUUCAUUGAUUUACAUUAGAAUAUCAAGCAAACUGCCAGGUAGAGUGUUUAGAUACAAUACUAUGUUAUAAUGUUACGAUAUUUUAAUGUAAAUAUAAUGUUACUAUUUACUGAGGGAUUAUGAUUGCUUAAUUUCUUUCACCCAAUUGAAAAUUACUUUGAAUAAACACAUUUAAUAAAAUUAUAAAGUACAGCA